AUGGGCCCCGCAGGCGGCCACCACCGGCCCGAGAGGCCUCGCCUGAUCUACGUGACCCGCUUCGCCUCGCACCGGCCGGGCGUGUGGCCCUUGAGGGGCCCCCGAGGUCUCCGCCAUCAAGGCCCGGAGCUCGGGGCCUGCUUGGCGGUGGAGCGGGCCGCCGUGGAGAGCCGGCCCCCGGGAGGAGAGCUGCCCACCGGCUCCCACGCCCGGGUCGCCGCCACCCCGGGCUCCACCUCCUUCCAGCUGCGGAGGUCGAGGGCGUCGAGAGCACCGAGGGGCCUGGAGCACGCGGCGGCAGCAGGUUUAAACAAGAAAAAUGCAGCUAAAGAGUUUGAUUUCCCCAUUCCACUGAAUGAGGCCUCCAAAAUAAUGAAGGAAAGGAAAAAGGUCUUAGUGUGGAAAAAAGUACGCAAAGUCAUUUCCAGAAUGAUUGCAGAAAAUGAAAAAUACAGACACAGACUCAAGUGUCAAAAUUUAUCCGGUGAAAUUAUUGUUUUGGGCAUAACCAAAAUCCCUUCCACUCUUUUGAAAUCGUCCUAUGCAGGGGUUGUGGCCAUGCAUGAGAAACAGCAGGUGGUGCCAGAUGACAGGUGGUGUGGGAGCCGUCCCCGGUGGGAGGCGCGAGCAGGCUGGCAGCUGCUGAGAUCUUCUCUGAGCGCUGGCGCCUCCUCGCUCUCAGAAGCUCCGGAUCCAGGCACGGGAGGGCUGCUUUUUCAGCGCCGCGAGCUCGGGCUGUGGAGGGAGGACUCCUGA